AUGGAGGAAGGGGUUAUAAGCAAGCGAAAACGCGUUUAUACGUUCGAACCAACCAGUACAAUGGAGCUACUACAUGGUGCCACUUUCUCACAGAGAUAUUUGAAUACUCUGUUGUCAUUUUUAGUAAAACUUGAUUCUGAAACAAGGUCUUCUAGUGACAGACAAUAUGUCGAAAUAGAGAAAAUAGUAAGGUUUCAGGUAGACAUGGCACUAGUAUUAUCAACUAAAUGUAUGUUCGGAUGGAGUCGUGCGUUAAAAAGAAAACUUGAUCAGAGUGAUAUAGGCUCGAAUGAGUAUAUUGUAUCAUCAGUACAUGCACCAAAAUCACUUCUGUUUGCGUACGGGCGCAACGGCAGUAUUCAUAGUUGUCAUUUUUUUGAUAGCGAUUACAACAACAGUAGAGAAGUGAAAUGCAUUUCCAAAUUAUUAUUUCCUAUAGCAAGAAGCUUGAACCCUUCUCUACCUCCUCGAUCCAUAGGCGAUUUUUCGCAUGAUAAAUACUCGAAAAGAUCGAAUAAGAAAAGAAAGAUAGGAGGUGAAGAUAAGUUUGAGUCCCGUCUAAGAAAACUAAGAAGUAUUUUACCCGGAGGGAAUGAAAUGGGAGAUUAUGACGAAUUGUUUUCUGAAGUAGAAAGCUACGUAGCGUGUCUUGAACUGCAGGUGCGUGUUUUACGAGCUCUUGUUCAUCCCCAAUGUUGA